CACUCAGCGACCUUCCGCGACACCAAGCGCCCCUUCCCCGCAGGCGUCUGGGCGGGGCCUCGAGGGACGCGGCUGAAAGCGGUGAAGUGGUCAGCUCCUCGCCCUACGCUCCUUGUAGUAGGUGCCGUCAUCGACUGUGAUCUUCGAAUGCCAUGUUACCCAACACCGGGAAGCUAGCAGGAUGUACAAUUUUUAUCACAGGUGCAACUCGUGGCAUUGGCAAAGCUAUUGCAUUGAAAGCAGCAAAGGAUGGAGCAAAUAUUGUCAUUGCUGCAAAGACCACCCACGCACACCCUAAACUUCCAGGCACUAUUUAUACGGCUGCUGAAGAAAUCGAAGCAGCUGGAGGAAAAGCCUUGCCAUGUGUUGUUGAUGUGAGAGAUGAACAGCAAAUCAGUAAUGCAGUGGAGAAAGCAGUCAAGAAAUUUGGAGGAAUUGAUAUUUUGGUGAAUAAUGCCAGUGCCAUUAGCUUGACCAACACAUUGGAAACACCUACGAAGCGAAUGGAUUUGAUGAUGAAUAUCAAUACCAGAGGCACCUACCUUACAUCUAAAGCAUGUAUUCCUUAUUUGAAAAAGAGUAACGUUGCUCAUAUCCUCAAUCUCAGCCCUCCACUGAACUUAAAUCCGCUGUGGUUCAAACAGCACUGUGCUUAUACCAUUGCUAAGUAUGGUAUGUCUAUGUGUGUGCUUGGAAUGGCAGAAGAAUUUAAAGGUGAAAUCGCAGUCAAUGCAUUAUGGCCUAAAACAGCCAUACACACUGCUGCAAUGGAUAUGCUGGGAGGAUCUGGUAUCGAAAACCAGUGUAGAAAAGUUGACAUCAUUGCAGAUGCUGCAUAUUCCAUUUUCAAAAAGCCAAAAAGUUUUACUGGCAACUUUAUUAUUGAUGAAAAUAUCCUAAAAGAAGAAGGAAUAAAGAAUUUUGACAUCUAUGCAGUUAAACCAGGCCAUCCUUUGUUACCAGAUUUCUUCUUGGAUGAAUACCCAGAUACAAUUACCAAGAAAAUGGAAUCACAUGGUGCUGUUCCAGAGUCGAAAGAAGAGAAGCCACAGCCACCAGCAAAACCCCCUUCUGGAGCUGUGGAAGAAACAUUUAGAAUUGUUAUGGCCUCUGUCAGUGAUGAUGUUGUUAAAGCCACUCAAGCAAUCUAUCAGUUUGAACUCUCAGGUGAAGAUGGUGGAACUUGGUUUCUUGAUCUUAAGACCAAGGGUGGGAAUGUUGGGUAUGGAGAGCCCUCUGAUCAAGCAGAUGUGGUGAUGAGCAUGUCUACUGAUGAUUUUGUAAAGAUAUUUUCAGGGAAACUAAAACCAACAAUGGCAUUCAUGGUAGGAAAAUUGAAGAUUAAAGGAAACAUGGCCCUAGCAAUCAAACUGGAGAAGCUAAUGAAUCAGAUGAAUGCCAAACUGUGAAGGAAAAGACAAAAAUAUACAUAUCUACCACUAAGCUCAAAAAGUAAAAGGGCUCAACAGUUAAAAUCUGUUUGUCUUCUCCACUAUCAAUUAUAAGGAUACUCAUGCAUGUUUGAUCUGGAAAAAAUUGAAUUUCUGUAUCUUUAAGAUUUGAAAUUGUAAUUAAAACAGCUAGCCAAUCAAAUAUAAACUUCACUAAGUGGAA